UCUUCCGAUCUACUUGAAUCAAUGGGGGUUUGUGUAGAUAGUGGCACUCAAGAGGAUCAGCUAGCUGAACAACUAUACCAAAAUCUGAUGCAUCAAAGAUACUUUGUUGUGAUAGAUGACAUUUGGAGCAUUGAUGCGUGGAAUUCUGUCAAAGCUUGCUUUCUUGAUAAUGCAAAUGGCAGUCAAGUAUUGUUGACUACUCGCUUUGCAGACGUGGCUACUAGUAUCAGCUUUAAUAAUGACUUUUCUCACCAAACACAAUUGUUAGAUCAAACUGAGAGUUGGAAUUUAUUUUGUGAAAAGGCAAACAAAUCUGGCUAUGCUGAGUUUGAGGCGAUUGGGAGACCCAUUGUUGAGAAAUGCAAAGGAUUGCCUCUGGCAAUUGUUGUGGCUGGAGGUUUAUUUUCCCAACUUCAUACGCUAGAUGAGUGGAAGAAUGUAGCAGAAGUUCUAAAUUCAUAUGCAACAACAACAACAACAAUUGAUGAAGAAUGCUCAAGGAUAUUGUCAUCCAGUUACAAUCACUUGCCUCACAACUUGAAGGCUUGUAUUUUAUAUUUGAGCGUAUUUCCAGAAGAUGAAGAGAUCCAUGUUAAGGAAAUUGUAAAGUUAUGGGUUGCCGAAGGACUCGUAAAGGCAUCUGAGGAUAUGAGCUUUGAUGUGGUGGCUAGAAGGGGCAUGCAAGAACUCAAUGAUAGGAACCUAAUUAUUUUAAGUCAGUCAAGCAGUUGUGGAAGAAAAGUAAAAGCAUUUAGAAUUCACGAUUUAUUGCAUUCUUUUUGUGUGAGGGAGGCUAAAAAGGAGAACCUUCUGCAUGUUGUCUACCAAAAUGGGUCUAGUUCCCCUCUGAAAGAUUUUCGAUGGGUAAGCAUCCAAUCAGAAACAGUUAACGGACAAACAUUAUAUUCUUCUUUUAAAAACUGUCGAUCCAUCUUCCAUUUUGCAGGAGGGGAGAAUAUAGUUUUAAAUUCGAAAUUUGGCGGCCUAUUAAGAGUACUCUAUAAUAUUGGCUGUGAUAUGGCGUAUCUUGUCCAUUUGAGAUGCCUAUUAUCGUCAUGGCUGCGAUUUUUAACCAUUUCAGAUCCAUUUAGUUGGAAUCUUCAAACACUUGGAGCUUUUAGUAUUCAUAAGAUGAGCUUUUUAGAGUUCCCACAACUGCAACAUUUGCGUAGUUCCAGAGGUCUGAGUGAUUUUCCCAUAUUUUUUCAUCAAAACUUGAAGAGCAUUUGUGGGCUGAUUCCUGAUCAAUGCACAAAAGAAUUAUUAACAAAUAUUCCAUAUCUAAAGAAGGUGAAGAUUCGAUGUGAAGAUGGUUGGAGUGAUUGCAUUAAUAACGUUGCCUAUUCACACCAGCUCCAGACUCUGCAUCUUUUUGGUAGAUUAUUAAGGCGUCGGUUGGUUAUUCCAAAUAUUAACCACCUUGUUUGCUUGAAAAACCUUAUGAGGUUGAGGUUUACGGAGUUAAGAUUUGAGUGGGAGGUAAUUAAUAUUCUUAGCAAGUUGCCUAAACUUGAGGUGCUAAGGAUAAACAGUUGUAUGUGCAUCGGUAGAGUGUGGAAACUAUUGGAGAAGGAGAAUUUCGACCAGCUAAUUUAUUUGGAAAUUAGUUUCGCUCGUUGCUAUGGGAAGCAAGUGCUUGUCAUUUUCCAAAUCUUGAGCGCCUAG